AUGUAUGGUCAAGAUGGCGGUAUGCCUCAGCAGCAAGGACAAAUGCAAAUGCACUAUGCUUCACAACAACAGCAGAUGCAAAUGGGCCAACCACAGAUGAAUCAGAUGCCCCAACUUCAACAGCAGCAACAGCCAACACAGCCCAUGGGCCACCAACAGCCCAUGCAGAUGGGUCUCCAGCAACAGCUCGGUGGUCAACAGAUGGGAAUGCAGCCACAGCAAAUGGUUCAACAGCAGAUGGGUCAACAACAAAUGGGACAACAGCCUAUGAGUCAGCAACAGAUGGGACAACAACAAGCAGUACAGCAACCGCCACAUUCUCAACAAGGACAGCCUCCUAUGGGUCAACAACCUAUGCUUUCGGGACAAUCACAGCUUGGAUCAAUGCUCGGUGGUCCAGUGAGUUCGGUAUCUCAGCAACACAUGCAGAUGCAGCAGCCACGAAGUCCAAUGACGGCAGCGGGUUCAGUGGGACCGGUGAGCGUUUCCGCGUUCUUCCCUGUACUUUAUUUUUAUUUCAAAGGCACAGCCAGUCAUGUAACGGGAGGAACAAAAAUUUCUUGUUUCUUAGCACUGCUUAAAUAUAUUUAAGG